AUGAGAUUUGUUCUAAUUGUGCUCAGCGUUAUAAUCGCUGAGAUAUCAGGCGAUAUUCCCGGCUGUGAUUAUUUCGAUACAGUGGAUCUGUCAAAUAGCACACAACUAGCGGACGGGUCGUAUGUGUUUAAGCACAUUAAAAUACCGAAGGGUAAAACAGGGAAAUACAACUAUCAGAUCAUGUUUGACGGUACAUUUGAACUGAUUCCCGAACACACACGGGGAUGUGUAUGUCAGCUAAUGUCCUGUGUUCGAUUUUGCUGUGAGCCCCAAAAGACGCUGGUCAAGGAAAAGCGAGAAUGCGUGGGUAAUAUUCCAAAUUACAAUCCUCUCGUGAACGUCACGUUCCACAACGGCACUGAGGCAGAGAUAGAUAUUGUAAAGGAGUUUGCAGUGCAACUUUUCGGUAUACCGUGCGAAAGUCAUUUUACUCUCGAUCCGUACACUAAUCCCAAUGAGGGAUGGAUAUUAUAUGAGAAUGGACGUUUGUAUAGAAAAUUUGAUGGUAGAGAUUUUGGGAAACAACAUUAUUGCAUGCAGCCACAUAAAUCAAAGGGUGGUCAGUAUAGACUACUGCCUCAUCAGUGCAAUAAACCACAGGACAACACCGAUGCGUAUAUUCAAAUAGUGUCCGUAGUCUUCAUGAUCCUCACUAUUGCUGCCCACUUUUGCAUGCCGGACUUUCGCUCUCCCCACAAGCAAUUCAGCAUAUGUUUCUUCAUCAGUCUAACAUUAAGCUUCUCCUUACUCCGCAUUGAGACUUUUCUCCGGAAUUAUAUGAAAGUUGAGGUCUGCUUCAUAUUUGCUUGCAUUAGCUACUAUGCAGUCAUGUGUACAUUCCUCUGGCUCCUAAUUAUAAACUUUAAUUCGUGGCAAGCGAUCAAGGAAUACGGCAGAUUGAAGGUUAACGUCAGGAAACGCCAUCUCUUCGUGUGGCUGACUGCUGCGCUGUUACUUCUGAUUUCGAUAUCGAUCGACUUUAUUAUGAAGAACGUGGACAAGGAUAGAUUCCUUGAAUGGAGACCUGGAUUUACCGUCUAUUCUUGUUGGAUAAACACUGCGGACUGGUCUGCAAUGAUAUUUUAUCAUGGGCCUAUGCUAGUUAUCCUCCUUGCUAAUAUAGGACUUUUUGUUCGGACUGCUUGGACAAUAUAUAAGGAAAACGAAACGACCCGAGCUAUGUGGAAGCGAUCCGAAAACAUGCAAAAAUCAAAGAAUCGUGCUAACUUUAAAGUGUUUCUUAAACUUUUCCUCAUUUCUGGAGUUGUUUGGCUACUUGAAGUGAUUUCGUAUCUUACGUCUUGUUUUGAUUCGGAAUUGAAUAUGACGUGGAUCGAAGUGCCCACUUCAGCUCAGGGCAUUGUCAUCUUUGUUGUGACUGUCCUGAAAAAGAACGAGCUCAAUUCAAUUUAUAAAAGGUAA